UUCUUCGAAGAGUCAGUACUGUGUAUAAACAACUUUCAAUAUGACUGGUCGCGGUAAGGGAGGAAAGGGAUUGGGAAAGGGAGGAGCGAAGCGUCACAGGAAGGUAUUGCGUGAUAACAUCCAGGGUAUCACGAAACCUGCGAUCCGUCGUCUGGCUCGUCGUGGUGGUGUCAAACGUAUAUCCGGUUUGAUUUACGAAGAAACUCGCGGUGUGCUCAAAGUGUUUCUCGAAAACGUCAUUCGAGAUGCCGUAACGUACACUGAGCACGCCAAAAGGAAGACGGUAACGGCCAUGGACGUCGUCUACGCCCUGAAGAGACAAGGACGCACUCUGUACGGUUUUGGAGGUUAAGCCGGACAUCUACGACGUACGAUUACCUGCGAUCGUCAAUCAAACGGCCCUUUUCA